AUGGGUGCUAGAGUGCCUCGGGGCAUUUUCACUUGUCCGAGUCGAGAGAAUUUGAUCACCGUGGAUACCCUCCAUAAGGAAUACCCGGCAGGCUUUGCAUCAUAUAGUGGUGACAAAUUCGUGCUUCAUGCUGGAGGGUGCCGGUUCCGCAUAGCAUUUGCCAGUGAUGGAGGAGACGUUGUGUUACAUCCGCAAAUUGAAAGGAUUCUGCAUCAUACGGUAUCUAUCUUGGUCUUGGAUACGAACUUCAUUCUUUGGGCUCCGGCUCUUCGGCUAGGCGUCGAGAUUCCGUUUGAGUAUGGAAUCCUGCGACUCCUUCCAGGGCCAACGGGGCAGGUGAUGCUUGAACUUCAACUCAAGGGAAGUGAGCUUAUGGGGAGUUCGAAUGGUGGGGCAAUUGCCUUGCAGAUACGCCCGGCCAGGGAUGAGGAGGUUUCAGAAGAAGAUAUUGAACCUGACCUACGGUUUAUGCUCCCUCAGGACAGCUCACUUCGGCGAAUCCAUGCCAUGUUCACGCGUUGGUUGCAUUACUACGAAUCUACUGAUGGCGAGGAACUACCGACAGCCGGCGAGACGGAGGUUCGAAGUCUCAGCGAGAACUUUUGCCUUGGACCCGGCGGAGACGCCGAUGAUCUCGGGUUUGACGAGCAACUAAGCGAAGGCGAUGCUGGUAUGAACAUUGCCCUUGAGCUUCAGCCCUGUUCCUUGCAAGUGUGGGCCACCUUGAGAAUGAAGCUGGCAGAGGAGAAGUUCCAGUAUAAAAGCCAUUUUUUCAAGUUGGGCCAGGGCAGAAUCGUGCCCCAUGACGACGUCCGCUUUUGGAACGUCCUCAUUGACUCUCCACUGGACUCCAGCCAUGUCUUUGACUUGCUCACUGCUAAUGAUAUCCACGGAGUACGGGACCAGAACCUUCCGAACUUCUUGGUGUUUGUGAGGGUGCUUGCUGGGAGGAUAGUGAAGAUGAGGGAAAAGGCCGUGCUGGAGAGACAGAGGCUUGUCAAUUGCGUUCGGUUGUUGACCAGGCUUGUUCCUUUCUUGUAUGAGCUUCCUAACUACUCGUCAGACAUUGAGCUUGAGUUGUUCUGGGAACACGAUUUCCAUCCCGAUAAGUUUUGUUCGAAUUCGGUGGCGUUAUCGUUGAUGUUGAGAAGGAAUCUGGUGCCGGCGCCAGAGGUUGCUGGUGGUGCUGGUGCUGUUCUUGCCGUGGAGUUGGUGCAUUCGCUUGUGGGGCUUUUAUUUGUGCCUGGGUUUACUACAGACGAGAAGGGCGAUCAUGGCCUGUUCUGGGAACCUGGGAUUGGGCAUUCUGGGGCCUACGGGAAUCCAGAUCCUCGUCUUGAUGUGAAUCGAACGGAUAUCUUGAGGCUCUUGUUGACCUUGACGUCGUCUCUGUACUAUCUUUCACUGAAGGAUGUAACGGCUCAGGGAUCGAGAUUUUUGACCACUCUCGUGUCUACAUUGCCUAAAAAUGAUCUUGUGCACUUGCUGUGCAGCCUUGUUAAUAUCGUUUGCAGAUCGGCCCGUGUGUCUAAUUCAGAUAGCGGUCUUGCGUUGGCAAAUACCACGCUCACAGAACUGCGUUAUACUUGCAUCAACUACUCGUUUCAGCUCCUCGUGACUACGUUAGUCUACCCAUUGCCGUCAUCUGAGCAUGCUGAGUUUUUGAAGACUUAUGGGGUACUCAGUAAGAGACCUUCAAACAGCAUUAGGCUAUUCUUUGGAAAGUUAUCUAAAGAGUCUGAAGUCAUGUUCCUUGCGACCCAUUUCUUGAAUUACCUUAGAUUCCCUAUUUUUUCGUUGAAAGAUGAGGCCAAGAGGAGAUUCUUCAAGUUCGGUCAACCAUCUUUAUGGGCGCUUGAAAGCACAGUGGUCCUCUGGGAACUCUUACAAUGCAACAAGACAUUCUCCGAACAAUUGGGUCCAAGGUUCGUUCCUAAACUUGUGCCUUACCUAGUAUACCACAUUUUUGCAUUUUACGAUCUACCACAAUACUUCAGCUUGGUCAAGAUCAUGUCUCAUUUCUUGCUAUACAUUUCCUCUCAGGAGGAGCGGGUGCAAACAUUAGUGAGCAUUGAACCAGCAGUGGAUGGCUUCCCAUCGGAAACGAAGGUGAAUGGUGUUGGCAGUACUAGAGAUUUCGCUGUUAUCAACAUUUGCCAGGUUUUGAGCAAGCUUGCGUCACACACUAAUCAUCACGAAUCGAAGCUUCAUUCGUUUUUGAGACCAACACUUAUAGAGGUACUUUACAAUUUGAUCCCUACCGUUAAUGACGAUGUCAAAGCUACAGACAUUUCUUCAAAGUCGAUGUCCAACGUGAACCCAAAGGGUGGAUUGUCAUACAAAGCAUCCAAUGCAGUGACACAGGUCAUAUUAAAGUACUCAGAUAGAACAUUUUUGCUUGAAGAUCCAAGCAACCCUUCUAUGUUGGCCCUUCUCGUUCGUGCAUUGUGUGCAUCGGCAACUAAGAAUCCAGCAGCUUCCAGAAUGACGCUCUUCACAUUUCUCAAAAACGAGAAGGCUUACGACCAUGUAUGGAAUGUGAUCUAUGGCCUUAAGAAUGAGUCGAUUGAACAUGACUGUCUUGAGAAUGUCAAUGAAGAGGAGGAGGAUGAAAAUGCUAGUCAGGAUCAAACCCAAGAUCUGAGUCAAAGUGUUAAUCUGACCCCACAACAGACUCCAAAUCAGCAUCCAGCAUUUAAUACGCCCUCGACUCCAAUCUCCAAGCAAGCAAAUAACGGUGUCUUUUCUCCAUUCCCAAACACCCAGAGCACUCCAGUCCAAGAAGUAAGAUCGCCUUAUACCGCUUCGUCGAACGCAACAUCUGUGGAUGAUGGCUUCAUCGAGUCUACUAACAACUCUCGCACAAGUAUUCCCGAAGUCGAUCCUCUUGCAGAGCUCAUGGAGGAAGAGAAAGCAUUGGCUGCUGCCCUUAGACCAAACCCGCCCACUGGUAUGUCCCAGAAGUUUAGAGAUAAGCUUCCCCUUGAGGCUCCCUUGAGCCGUUCAUGGGGUGGUAACGAUGCUCUCAGAAUCAUCAUUACCAUUCUCAUCCCUAAUUUGAAGACUGCGUUGAAGGAGGUUUGGUCUAAGAGAGAUGAAUGCAACUUUGACAACUUCUUUAUCGUCAAGCAAAUCGAGAAUUCUAAUUUCGAAGAGGUGAUUCAACAGAAUAGAAGAGAAAUCAACCACGAUUUCCUUCCAGAAACUCCCAUUGAUAAACUUUCAUUUUCGUGGAACCACAGGGCACUCGGGUGGUACUUAUCCAUAAUCAACAGCAACAACUUUAGAGCGCCCGACAAUAUCAAAUUGUUCAUUGGCACCAAUAAUACUUUAAUGAAGAACAUUUCUUCUUCGAUUGCACUGCUUGGGAAGAUAGCGUCCAGCUGGUCUGGACUCUCAUGGAACAGUAACCAGGAAGAUCCAAAGGAAGAAGAGUUGACAAGGUUUGUCGAGGCAAACCUGAGUACCAUCAAUCCGUGGGCCCAUACUAACGUGAAGCUCUUUAAAGUUGACGAAGAGAAUGACAAGGCGUACAACCCUUUCGGGCUCAAGUACAACUCAAGCAGCAACACUAGUGUUUCGGACCUCACCAACUCUCUUGUCAAGAAACUCGGUGAUUUUAGAAAUGGAAGCCGUGGCAGCAUUGUCAGUAUCUCAUCCAUUCCACAAGAAGAUCCAGAACGUCCAAAGCUCAAUACCAGGAAUUCUGUCAGCUCGUUGCACUCGCUCAACACGCUCAACCGGACAAGAUCCAACACCCCUAGAAACUCCAUUAGCAUGUAA